AUGGCUUUGGAAGCACCUCCAUAUCUAGAGACACCCAUUUCGUGUGACUACUAUUGCAUCCCUCUCGCCCCGGGUAAGGCCCUCUGGAUCCCAGACCAAUUGUCCUCGGGCACGUGUACCAAGUCAAGACUCAAGGCGUAUACCCCAUUCCCAGGCAUUAUACGGCCAAGAAAGAAUGUUCAGACCCAGGUGUACCAAUUCGGCCAGGCGAUAGACAACAGCUACAUCACUCCCAGUCAAGCUGUAUUAUGGUCCGAGCACGUACUAGAAUUCUCGAGAGCAAAGCGCGUCUUUCGAGCGUUGCUCAAGUUUUCUCGUCACGGUUAUUCCUCUUACUUGAUCACAGUAUCUCUACCUCUUAAACUAACACAUCCACAGAACUUAAGGGUUUCUUCCGUCCAGAGUAGCGAGGGUUUAGCUAUACACGAAGUAUCUCACGAGUAUAUACAAUACGCAGACAAGAAGGCAAUAUUUAUCUUAUCCCUACUUUCCUUUAUGAUCAAUAUAUUCUUUACCUAUGCUAGUGAUCUUAUUGGGACGACUACUACAACCUCCAUUUAG